AUGGCCGAAGAAACUCAUAAAACUGCAUAUGAAGCACCACCAAAAACUGAGGAAGUGAUGGUUGUUUCCAAUGUACGAGAGGUGGAGAAACCCUCCACCACUACCAUGGAGAAAGAAGCACCACCACAUCCUGAGCCAAAGCUGGAGAAACCCGCCAACGUGGAAGAAGUAGUCGAGGUCGAAAAAGAGAAAGGAGAAGAGAAGAUCACUGAAUCAGCUUUGUUUAAAGAAGAAAGCAACGUGGUGGGUGAACUUCCUGACCCAGAAAAGAAGGUCCAGGAUAAGCUCAAAGCACUGGUUUAG